CAUUGAUCACCUCCCCCUUUUCCCACUUUCUUUCUCCACCGCUACCGCGGAGAGUCAAGGAGGAGAGGACUAGAGGAGGAGUGAAAAGGGCAGAGAACCAAGUAGCCCCACUCCCACCUUGGCCUCAACCUAAUGGACCCACCACCUCCGCCACCACCGACGGUGGCUUCCGCCACACAGCUUGGCUACCCUGACUCAGUGGAGUCUUCUCCCCGUUCACGCAACGCCGAUUCCUGGGACGAGCCUCUUCCUCCCAUCCCAGGCGCUAAGCUACGGCUUAUGUGCAGCUACGGUGGCCACAUCGUUCCUCGACCUCACGAUAAGUUCCUCUGCUACGUAGGCGGGGAAACCCGCAUGGUGGUCGUGGACCGCCACUCCUCCCUGGCUGACCUUUCUGCUCGCCUCUCUCGCAGCCUUCUCCGUGGUCGCUCCUUCACUCUCAAAUACCAACUUCCCAACGAAGAUCUCGAUUCUCUCAUCUCAGUCACUACUGAUGAAGAUCUUGAGAAUAUGAUCGAAGAAUACGAUCGCAACACCACUUCGUCUUUGAAACCCUCUCGCCUCCGCCUCUUUCUCUUCCCUAUCAAGCCCGAAACUUCCUCUUCGAUCGGCUCUCUCCUUGACGAUUCCAAGUCUGAGAACUGGUUCUUGGAUGCCCUUAACGGUGCUGGGAUUUUGCCUAGAGGGGCUUCCUCUGACGCUGCUUCUGUGAAUUGCCUGCUAGGUCUCGACGAUGUUAUCCAUGCCGACCCUUCUGCUGAUGUGGAGGCUCAACCUGAAUCUCUGGGUAGUCAGAACAAGCAGGUUAAUAAUAAACAUGGGCAAGAUGUUCAAUCAGUGCCGGAUUCUCCGAUGAUGGAAACCACUUCGUCGUUUGGUUCGACUUCUUCUUCGCCUUCUCAGUCCAAUUUGCCUCCGAUUCGGGUUCGUGUUGAGGAUGGUGGGGUUCGGUUGCAUGAUCAGAUGGUUGGGCUGGAGGAACAUUUCUCGCAGAUGAACGUCGCUGCCGCUGCGGCUGCUGCUGCUACGCAGAAGCAAGAGGAGGGUUUUGUCACUAUGUAUUCUCCGCCACCAGUUCCGACCACUGUCGCAGCUGCAGCAAUGGCAUCGUCAGCUGCUACGGGUAAUAUUCCCACCGUUGCAAGUGAAAACCCUGGCCGCGUUUUGUCGGACGAUGAGCGAUCAGAUCGAUCAGACCAUGGAGUCUCUGUUGGUUAUCGGAAACCGCCACAACCGCAAUUGCAACAGAGGACUAGUGGGGGUGCGGAUUUACAAUCACCAGAUGCAGCUGCCAGAGACGCCAAUUCUUCCCCAAAACCAGUGUUCUAUCAAGACUCAGUGGCAGCAGCUACUGCUAGAGACAAUAGGGUUCCUGCUAUCCCCAUUGAUCGCAAGAGUAACAUCUCUGAUCCUAGCUAUCGGUUCCAGAUGCAACAGCAACAACAACUUCAGGAUGCUGGGUAUGUCUUCACUCCCCAAUUGGAUCAGCAUCAGCUUCAGCAACAACAACAGCAAUUCAUCCCUGCAGGCUCGCACUACAUCCACCAUCACCCCACAGGACCAGUACCCAUCUCGUCAUACUACCCACUGUACCAUUCGGCGCAACAACAACAGCAGCAGCAUCCCCAUCAGCAGCUCGAUCAGCAAUACCCAAUGUACUACAUGCCUGUUAGGCAAACACAAGCUUACAACUUGCCUGUUCAAUCUAAUCUUGGCGAUGCUUCAACCGUCCCAUCCAGUCGGCCCCCAGCACCACCAGUUCCUGCCAUGAUCCCUCCCUCUGCUGCUGCUUACAAAGAGCCCGCAGCGCCUGUUUAUCCCCCUAGGAGCGCAGCUCUUUCGAAGCCCGAAUUAGCCACCAAUGUGUACAGAACUGCCGCCGCCGCCGCCGCAGCAGCAGCAGGUCCGCAGUUUAUUCACAUGUCUCCUGAUCAACAUCAGCAACAGAUUUUGGGUUACCAUCAGAUGCAUCACCCAUCUCAGUCGAUCGCGGUUGCUGCCGCCGGUGCUGGUAACUACGCCUAUGAGUUCCCGGAUCCUACGCACGCGCAGAUAUACUACCCUCAACCUUCAGCUGCUACAUUGCCUCCUCAGUAUCAAACUAUGACCUCAGCAGGAGCUGUAGUGAUGUCGGAGGCUUCUACACAGUUGCCCAUAGACAUCUCUAAGCAUCAGCUGCAGAACAGAACUUCGCAACCACUGUGAGUCAUUAUCUAUUGCUGGAAGAAAAGUAACGAUUUUGGUGAGAUGGGUAUGGGUGAAUUUUAGUUUUUUUUUUCCCUUCCUCCCCCUCUUCUCUGUGAAAUCUUCUUCUUUGUAAGUGUCUGAUCAUUGGUAGUGGUUGUGUUUAAAAAAAAUGUUAAUCUACCUGUGAUAUGAAAUAAGGGAGUGAGUCGUCAUCUCUAUCUAGUUUCUUCUAUCUAAUAGACCACAUAUCUGAUGCAGAUCUUAGGAACAAAAUAGAAGUUGGUCAGAUAGAGGAUAUGAACAUCAAAUGUGUGUCUGGUCCAGUCUAUGUAUUAGCAGUCAUGAAAUAAAUACACAUAUAUACAUCAAGCUUUGAUUUAGAAAUUC